CAAAAACAGCUUUAUGUGUAGCUUGACAUCACAGGCUCACAAGCUAUUCAAAUUUAAGUUAUUUAUCUUUAUUAAUAGAUUGAUAACGUUACAUUGAGUAUACAUUUCAGAAUUAAUUUCACCGUUUACUAUUAGUCAACAAUCUAACUGCAUACAUGACGCAAGCUAAAUCCAAGAAACGAAGCCAUGAAGAGGAAGAAGGUUGUUUACCUAUUUCCAAACGAAUGAGUAAAUUGCAACUUGAUGCUGAGGAGACCAAUGUGUAUCUUCAAAGUGCUACCAGCGAUAAACCAGUCUACCAUGGAAAGGAUAGUGAUAAACUAAUGGACCCAAAUUCAUUAAGCUGUCCUUAUCAGCCUACUUUGAAUGUAGACCAGAAUCCGCUAUAUUUUGAAUCAAACCGUGUUCUCUUCGAAGCACAUAAAAAUCGCCUUCAAAGGCAACGAAUAAGGAUAAAGUGAUAUCAAAAUGCACUCAUCAAGACUCUAUCAUUUGGGUUCAGAUUGAUCUUUGUCGCGGAACUGAGAGAGAUAUGAUCACAUAGCCAAAAAAAGGAACAAAACUGACUGUUUAUCUUUCUCGGGAAAGCUUAUUAAAUGUGAUCAUGUUUAUUUUCUACUAUUCAAUUCUCGCAGUCACUCGCAUCAAAUUAUAAUCUUCACCUCUUCAUUUUUUGCCAUUGUGUCACAGUUAGUUUAUUAUGCAUAAAUUCACAAAUAUGACUAUCAAAGACUUUUGAUGUAUAUUUGUAAAAACUAAGAUCAUCCAAAUGGUCACUGUAUCAUGUUCAUUAUUAUUUACAAAAAAUCAUCUUCUGAUACUUCAAGCCAAAUCUUGGUCUAAUUUUAUGUGAAGAUAAGCCAAAGUUAAUCUUCAAUAAAAUCGAAAUUCAAAAAAUAUUAA